AUGGUUCUUAUCAACGGUGUGAAAUAUGCCUGUGAAAGGUGUAUUAGAGGACACAGAGUGACUACAUGUAACCAUACAGAUCAGCCGUUGACUAUGAUUAAACCGAAAGGUAGGCCGUCAACGACUUGUGCUCAUUGUAAAGAACUACGGAAGAACAGGAAUGCGAAUCCAUCGGGCCAAUGCACUUGUGGGCGACAAGAGAAGAAACGGAUCGCACAGAAGGCAAGAGAAGAAUCGGGAUGUGUUUGUAAGAAUGAUCCGGAUCACUGCCCGUGUCAUAAGAAGCGUGCGCCAAGAAGGAAAAAACAAUCACAUCAAGGCAAUUCCGCUGUAGGACUGGAUAUCAAUGGUAAAAUAUCAAAACAUACUAAUAGCGGAUAUUCACACCAAUCUCUACAUUCUCUGGAUUCGUCACAUUCUGUCGAUCAGGAUUUAUCGAACUUCCUGGCGUCUCCGAUCUCUAUGAAUACAAGCUUUUCCACUGGCUGGGAUAAUGCGUCGCUGUCAAGUUCUAAUCGGUCUCCACCUGGUAACGGACCGGAUAGUAAAAAUACAAUCGGAUUAGAACCUCUAAGUACCAUGAAACCUAUCACACCCAAGACGAGGACUAAAGUCGGUGAAGUUUUCAUUCCGCUUACGGAAUACGUCCCAACGAAUAUUGCUUCUUCAGAGGACCAAGCCGAUCACAUCAAUCCACUUCUCAUGGGAGAGCACGUAUCUAUCUACAAUGACGUCUCUGCAGAUGCCCCAAAUGUGACGUAUUUCGCGGAUACUUCGAAAUCUUUGAGUUAUAAUCAGUUGAAAGAGCAACGGAAGGCUCUUAGCGAACAACAUUUGCGUAACAAUGUAGAUAACAUUUCAAAGAGUGGAUCAACCCAACGCGUUCCACUCUCAGUCGCUGGCCGUUCAUCUUCUUUUGUGUCAAAUAUAUCUUCUCAUGACUCCGUGGCAUCAUCAAACAAUGAUUUCAUUAGUUCAUUAAACAGUUCGGAUUCUCUGUCUUCUAUGCUUCAUAGUGGUAACGCUCAUCACUACCAGGAUAUGCUUCAUCAUUCUAAUAAUGGACGCGGAUAUCUUAACCCUGUUCAAGUGGACCAAUCUCAAAAUGUAUAUGGCUUUGAUACGGACAGCGUACGAAGCGUCGAAGUUCUAUCUAUAACUCCUAGCUUUAUGGAUAUUCCGGAAUCAAAGCCACCGAGUAUCGGUUCAAACUCAUCUACAAAUCCAUUUAUAAGUUGGAAGAGCGUCAAUUCUAGAAGGGAACGUUCCGUUAGUAUACACAAAAAUCAUCGUUAUGACAAUGAGAAUAAAAGGAAGAGACAUCCGAAAAAUGUACCCAACACUUCUACGCCACAAAUCAAGUCUAUGGUUUCACCAGCAGAAACUAACAGCACAGCACUUCCGGCAUCUGGUAAUCAUUUCAACUCACCAGCGGAUUCCACCAAUACAGUUCUAAGUGCUAAUACACAGUACGGAGAUCCAUCCGUAUUCAGCAUCGAGAAGGUCGGAGUAGCGCCAUCCUUUGUAGAACCGUCAUUCACCACUGACUUCAACCAGGCACUGAAACAAUCAAAUAUGGUGAACCAAAACAUCAUCGAUAACAACUCUCUGUUCAGUGGCACUAGUGAAGGUAAUAACCCCUCUCCUAACGACCUGUUCCCCGUUGAAUUCGCAGACAUUGAUGAUUUGAUGACACACUUAUAA